GAAGGGGGGGGAAGUUUGGGGAGACACAGAAAGCACUGUCACUUGGUGUUGAUUCUACGACUCUAAAAGUAGGCUUGCCCUUAUCACUACAGAUGAGAAAGUAGGACUUGGGGGUAUUUCAGGAUCAGGAAAUUGAGCUAAGUACCUCUGAGUUUCUUUGGCUGACAUGCAUGGCCUUUUUUUCCAUGUCUUAUUCUUUCUGGUGUUUUUUGCUGAGGGCAAAAUGUUGUUUGUGUAAGAGCAGAAUCCAGCGAUGCUCUUGUACUGGAAGCUGUUAAUGGCAGAGGUGUCUGUGUCUGCCAGCCUCAUCAGUUAUGACCUGGAUAUUAGCUACCGUUAGACUCCCUGUUGAGAUCCAUGUUAGAGCACACCCAUUUGAACAAUUUGUUCACGUGGGCUCGUGUCAGAACAUGUCGACUGUGGACUUUACUGCAAAACCAUCUUUUCUGUUUUAAUAUACCCACCCAUUGCACCUCUAAGAUAAUCGAUUAAGUUUUAUAAGUCAUUAGGAAAAAAACCGAAGCAGAUGCCUUCCAGCAAUACAUUUGGGACUCCCUAGUCCAAGUUUCUCACAUCAGUGAUAGUUUCUUGUUGCCCAUCCUGUACCCAGCCUUGACAUGAGUCCUGUAAACCCUGUGGAAUAUCUGGAGCAAAGCUUUUGAUGAUGUUCUGGGAAACACUGUUUUUUGGACUCAUUUCUGGGAAAAUGGAAAAGAUCCUUUAGGGCAUACAUUGGUUUUUUUAGGUAAUUUUUUCCAGUAUCAUUAUUAUUCUGAUUGAAUCAGCUUUAGCUGUUUGCAUUGGACUUUUGCCCAUGCAAUUGUAUCAGAGCCCCUAAAGUGUUCCCAGGUGAAAGUAGCUCUCCAUUUCCAAUGGGAUUAGUAAAUAGUUGUGAAUGAAACAGGAGGUGCAGAAUACAUUUUCUUGUACUUUCUAGUCUCAAACUUACAUGCACUACUUCUCUCACAGUUCACAUAGUGUUGACAAAGCCAUCAAACCUUGGGUCUUUUUCUUUCCCCAUCUGUAAUGUAAGGAAUAUUAGUCAUCUUCCUAGCAGAUUGUGAAGGCUGGAUGAACAGUAAUUUAGGUAGCUCAACCCUUUCCCUUGCUGUGGGGCUGGAUGCUGGGUUUGGAGGGCUGGCUAUGCACAGGAACGUAAGUAGCUCCCCCCAGAUACGCUGCUUUCCUGUCCCUUGUUGGUACCACUUCUCUUCCAGCCUCAUCCUUGCUGCAUGUGCAUACUGUGGCAGUACCUGCUUCAUUGCCAGGUCUCGUGUGAGGCCACAGGAGAAAAAAAACUGUGGACAGGAAGGAAUUCUGUACACUAAAUCUACCCCAUGUUUCUUUUUUUAUAACCUACUUUUAUAACAUUGGCUACCAAGUGUUUGAAAAAAUAUAUUAAGGUCAUCAGAAGAAAACCCAAUCAACUGCAGUGCAGCACUGUAAGGCAUACCAGGACCAUGCUGUAGCCUACGACAAGAUAAAGGAGAUAAAGGGGAUCCCAUUUACGUUCCUUUUUCCUAACUCUGAUGGGAGCUGUGCAGAAAUAUCUUUCCCUGAUUAUCACCCUGCUACUGCUCUAACACCCAAGCUUUCAUUUAGGUAACGUCUAUUUGAUUCAGUACUUAACUAGCAGACCCUAUGUUUUCAGUGCUGAAAAGGUGAGCAGAAAGGAGAUGGUUUGUUACAGUGGUUGGUGAAAAGGCCAUUUAUGAGAAAUCUGGUAUGUGCUCAGCACAUCUCCGUCCACAGCGGGGUGUGCUGGCCCCUGCUCACCAGUCAUGUCAGUGAGGUCUUUGCUCGACCAGUGAAUUCCUCACCCCAAGCCCAAAUCAAGGAGGGACUUUAGAAGGCCAGCUUUGGUUUAGGAAGACAUCCAUCCUCUGGCUGAUCAGAUCUUGGGGUGUCAGGAUGAACACUGGGUGUGUCAGACAGGAAGACCCAAGUAGGCUGAGUCUGGAGAAUUAUCUGAGAGCACCAGGGGGAGAGUAAAGACGGAGGCAAACAGGCCUGCUUUCCCUCCAUCUCCUGCCAGCCAUGUUUUUAGCAUGUUUAUUCUAUGUGUUUAUAGCAAGAGGAUGCUGCUGCUGUGUAAUUACAGUGAGGACAGAUUUAACAGCUAAGGCAAAUUAAAUGCACCUCUGCAGUGUUCAUUUGCCUGUAAGCAAGUCUGCUUUCCCCCUGCAAGUUAUGCAACGACGACUGUUCUCCUUACAUCCCUGCAUUCCCCUUUCCUUGGGCUUUGACGCAGGACAGUUUCUCUUAAUUAAUAAACCUAAGAUUUGCCCUGUAAUACUGUAAGACAAGUGCAGGCCAGUACAACUUCCAUGUAAUGCUUUUCAAGACAGCUUGCAGAGGUAGCAGAUUGACAAGCCCACUUGCACUGGGUUUGUUUCAGAUUUGCCCUACCUGUGUGAGAUCAGAUUUUCGGGUUCAAGGACUGGCAUUUGUUUCCAAAACAGAUGAGAAAGGGAUUUUGGCUAAAUAGUGUUUCUGGCACAGAGUAAUCUCUCUUGGCAGUGGAGAACAGGAAUUUCUGAAGUUCCUGAGGUGGCAAGGGAAACAGCCCUCCUUAGAACAACCCAGAGUGGGAAAAGGGGAUAAGCUUCCUCCAGACACAGGAACCCUUCUCAGCAUCCCUGAGCUGAGGAUGCUCAGAGCACAGGUGCUCUGUCUCAGUGUGCGUACCCAGCAUAACUCUGGUCUGUCAGCUCAAGUUCUUCUAUUACUAUCCCUCUAAUCAUUGAUUUAAGGCUUAUUUAUUUCAUAUGUUAAUUACUCCUGUGUCUAAAAAUUAGCUCUGUUUUUGUAUGGCAAGUGACUUAUUUUUAUGUUAGUCUCUUGUUCUUGUUGGACAGAAUGCGAAAGGAGAUCCUGCUGCCAGGAUCAGAAUGGGUCAGAGCUCUGUCCCGAGCCUCCGUUAGAAAGUGAGGCUGGAUUCGGGGCAGCAUUUUGUGUUGUGCUGGUCUGUGUCCAAACUGAGCACUCUCUGUUCUAAGCUCAGCUUGCUCUCUCCUGAAGUUGAGUACUGCACAAUACUACUUCGUUUCAAGUCUGAAUCUUUAAAAAGGGCAUUAAGGUGGUCUUGAAAAGGGCAUCUGAAUUUGAUAUUACAGCGUGCAAUGCAACCCAAAAGGGACUCCAUGUGCAUGACAAACAACCCUUAUAAUAAAGAAGUGCCUUUAGGGUUUCAUAGGGGAAAGCUGGCUGCUUUGAGUCUCUACCUCUUUGCUUUGGACAGUCCUCACCUCAUACAACUUCUUUGGUCCAUCCUAGAGGCUUAACCAACAGAGCAGCCACAGUCUGAAAAGGUGUUGCCUGUGGCAGACUUGGAGAAGAUUUGGUCCAGAAUGAAUUAAAGGCUAAAUGUCCUUCACUGAUAGAAGCAUUUUUGUGUGGUGAUUUUUUUUUUGUUGUUAGCUUCAUAAUUUCCAUCUACAAUUCAUAAGAGUUACAAGGAAAAAAAGAAAAAGCCUUUCAUCCCCACCAAAUAAAUAGAAAGAGCUGGGACUGGAGAGAGACUGAUCCAUGCGAUUGCAAGGCUGGGAGGCCAAAACAAGCUGUUAGUGGUGGCAGGGUGACACCUGCUCCUUGCAGUGGAGGUCCAUGGGUGUAGUGACUGGUGCUGUCACGAAGGUUUAGUCAACAAACUGUGCUGGUGAAGCAGGAGGAGGAGCAGGAGCCAGCUCCUGGCUCAGCUGAGGCGGUUCGGCAGGGCUCACCAGGGCAGUCAGACAUGAUUUUUAUCACUAAAGUCUGCUGUAUUCAGAUCUGAGUAUAUGCUCUGCCUGACAGCUGCCUAGGAAUUGGUUGCUUGCACAUAGCUUCUUUCCAGGCCAGAAACACACUUUGACCAGCACCAAUAGCAAAAGAGCAUUAUUAAGUCUAUUAGGCCUGAGUUCACAGAUUUUAUUUUAGAAUUGUAACAGAUGGCAAAUGGUGGUGGUACAGCUGCCAGGACCAGGAGAGGAUGGAUGCUGGUUUGUCGUUUCAAUGGAUGCUGGCAGUAACUCACAUUUAUGUUUAUACAGGGCCUUUCCUGUUUCAGAGCACUUUACAAACCAGGUGAUAAAUAAUGAGCUUGGAGUUAACACGGGCUGGUAGAGCUCAUCUCUGCGCUCCUGUGGCCAGUGUGUGAGGGUAAACGUAAGGGCAUCAGCCUGCACUUCCUACAUAGCCUGGAUGGGAAUUAGGCAGCUGCUUAAAAUCACAUAGUACCACUCAGCAGGGAUUUCAGGCAGAAAAGCAGGGUAAACAGCUCUAAUUCGGAGGAUGGUGCUGGUAACCAGUGUGUCAAGUGGGAGUUUGGGUAGCUAGUCUCACUCUUCUACAGCUGCAGGAGGAUUUGUUCAGACUCUUCCCAAAGACCUGUCAGCUCCCACAGGAAGCUGCCCUAGGGAAUAAGUAGCCAUCAGCCAUGCUGUCCUUGAGGAGUCAGACACUGCAGGCCGUGCUGCGCGGGCUCGGCUGGUGCUGACGGGGUGCUGAGGCUCCCUCUCGCUAGGUGCAGAUGGGAGGGUGGCCCCAAGGGCCUCCUGCCUCCAGCACUUGCUCUCCAUCUGCCUUGCUGGGACGCGCUGUGAAGGCAGCCCGUGUUUCCGAGCUAUCUGAACCCCAAGCAUUUGGAAGCGAUACAGGGAGGAACUUUUAAGUUGGUUGGCUUGCUAACUCUAACCUGGCUGCAGGCUCCGAGUUUGAUGAAGAUAACAGUUAAAUGACAGGAGUCAGGGGCACGUAAGCAGAUGGGGUACGUUUUAGCACUUUUUUUGGUGUAUGUUGAGAGCCAGAUGAAGACCACCACGUAUUCCUCCUUCAUUACUAGCAGAUCUAGUUGCCAUCAUUGCAUCCAGGAAAAACACCCUAACAAGAGCUAAGUUUAGAAAUCCAGAAGAUUUCCCUCAUGUGAAGGGUCAGAACUUCCAGGGAAACACAGGAAGGAGUCAUUAAAAGGCUCAUAGAUGAACAGAAUGUGCUAUUUUAAAAAAGUUGAACAUUGUUAGGGGUAGGUAAAAUGUCAACUUGACAUUGUUUCCCCUUUCUUUAUACUAUCUUCAGAUCAUCGUUUCACAAAGGUGUGCCUAAGUUGAGCCAGACAUGUUAGGAUUAAUGUGGAAUAACAGGGGGAAGUUUGCAAAAUAGUGUUUCUCUGGGGUGGUCUAAAAACAUCUUUUGGAUUUUAUAAUAUCUGAAACUCUGAAUAGGGGGCAGUCACUCUGCACUGGUACCAAAAGAGGGCCGACCUCUUUUUCAAGGUCCAGAAGAAGAAAUAAUUGAAAUAAUUUUUAUUCAGUUGAGAGUGAAUGUCCAGAUACCUUCUGCAUCACACUGCGGGAAAAAAUCACCUCCUUUACAUUGUUUCCAGUGUAAUGGUAAGUGAUAUAAGGAAAGAUAAGAAACCAUGUGAGCAGGGCUGGUCUCUAAUUUUCAGCCCAUUUCCACAGACUUCUGAGCUCAGAAAUGACUUUGAAUCUGGAUGGCCUUAGCCAAAUGAAAGUUAUGAAUCUCUGGGGUGUAAACACUGCAAAUGAUUGCCCUUCACUACAUUCAAUCAGAGCAGCUGAAGGCAUGGCUCAAAUAUGUUUUUGACAGCAAUGCAAUUAAAAGGUCAUGACCUAAAAGUAAAUCUUAAAUCCAGUAAUCCAGUCCUCUAUCUGGCAGUGUAAUCAAUUCCUUUCUUAAACCAUCAGCCAAAAUAAUGUAUAGCGCAUAACAAAAUAAAUGUAAUUGAAGUGCUGGGGAGCUGGUCCUUUCUACUUCAGUAAAUACUGUGAGGUUUUUCUCCUCCUCCUGGAAGUAAGUCUUUCUCACAGGUCCAGAGGGAAAGGCAGCUUUCAUGCAACUGUGGUGAUAUACUGAUGAGAUGGCUCAUGAAGCUUGCACUCGUGAUGCCAAAGUGAUGCCGAAACAUCUGGUCAUGAAGAGCACAGGAGGAGGCUGAGACUUCACUUUGCAGAGUGCCUCCUGCUCUGCCCUGGCCUUGCUCCUGCGUGGAUGUGGGGCUGGCACAAGGCAGGAGGCAGCACUAAGUGCCCACAGUUUUCCCAUAGGGAACAAUGCCAGUAAACCAGGUAACGGUCGGUAGCCCAGGGCAUACUGCUGUUCUCUGAAUUCACAAUUGUGCUGAGAGAUCUCAAAGGACUUUUGCCAGGAAAAGUUAAAUUAUUCUGGAGUUUUCUGCUUUUGUCUAGGACCUUCAUGAUGUUCUUAAAUUGGAUAUCUCCAUGUACUCUAGCCUAACAUCCUAAGGAUGCUGUGGGCUGGCAACACCUCCAGUCCUGUCUGUUCAUUACCCGCUGUAUCAUUUUAUGCAGCACAGUCAGAAACUGAGACCAGUGGGCAGCCCAACUGCAUUGUCUAUUUAACUGCAGGAAACCACGCUUUAUCCCCCUCUGAAUCCUGAUGGAGCAGUGAUAACAGAUAAUUGAUUGAAUGCUUUUUACUUUCUUUUGUUUAUUUCUUUUGUUGAACAGACUUCCUAAAUACACAAAUCAAAUCCUCAAUUGGAAUUUGUGGAUUAAUGACUUGAACAACAUAUCUUUUUUUUUUUUCCUGUUGCCUGGAUCUUGGGGAGGGUUUCUCUGAUUUUCACUUGUGCUCCCCUGUCAAACAUUUUCAGUUGUCAAAAUGGGCAACAUCUUUGUCGUCAGUUUGUCUGUCGCAGACCUUGUAGUUGCAGUUUAUCCAUACCCUCUGAUCUUGAGUGCCAUUUUCCAUAACGGAUGGACCAUGGGAAACGUUCACUGCCAGAUAAGUGGGUUUCUGAUGGGCUUAAGUGUCAUCGGGUCCAUUUUCAACAUCACGGCAAUUGCAAUCAACCGCUACUGCUACAUCUGCCACAGCCUUCAGUACGAUAAGCUCUUCAACCUGAAGAACACCUGCUGCUAUCUCUGUCUGACCUGGAUACUCACGGUGGUGGCAAUUGUGCCAAACUUCUUCGUUGGCUCCUUGCAGUAUGACCCCCGGAUUUACUCCUGCACGUUCUCCCAGACGGUGAGUACGUCAUACACCAUCACAGUGGUGGUGGUUCACUUCGUUGUCCCACUGUCUAUCGUGACAUUUUGCUACCUACGGAUCUGGGUUUUGGUGAUUCAAGUCAAACACCGGGUGAGACAAGACUGCAAGCAGAAGCUCAGAGCAGCUGACAUCCGGAAUUUCUUGACUAUGUUUGUAGUUUUUGUCCUUUUUGCUGUGUGCUGGGGACCAUUAAACUUUAUUGGCCUUGCUGUUUCAAUUAAUCCUUCAAAAGUGCAGCCACACAUUCCAGAAUGGCUUUUCGUCCUGAGCUAUUUUAUGGCCUAUUUUAACAGCUGCCUCAAUGCUGUGAUCUAUGGGCUUCUCAACCAGAAUUUCCGGAAGGAGUACAAAAGGAUACUGCUGACACUCCGAACUCCCAGGUUGCUAUUCAUUGAUGUGUCCAAGGGUGGGACAGAAGGAAUGAAAAGCAAACCAUCUCCAGCUGUAACAAACAACAACCAAGCUGAAAUACACUUAUGAGUCAGAACAGUGCUAUUUAUUCUGGAUUACAGUGGUUUAUAGAAUAUAUAAGAGUCUUUCUGUGUGUGCAUUUCACAGCUGGUAUUGCUGGGCCCCUCACGCAAAGAAGGAGCCUGCUACCUUUCAUGCUCAGCUUUUCGCUGCGACAUCAAGGCUUUGAGUAAGGAUUUUCAGAAUGGAAAUGACUCAUCUUUAUCUUUUUUUUUUUUUCAUAUGCCAUCUUUAACCAUGUGCCUAAUUAAUAAGUUUGGUUGCUUUUGCCACAAGCAUGCCAAUACCCUCCAGAAAGGAAGCUUCCAGAGUGCAUGAAGAAAUGCAGUUAUGCUUGAAAUGCAACCUUCAAGAGCCAGCAAAAUUGCCAUAUAUUACAAAGAAACCUUUCUCCCCCCCACCCUCAAUUCUAUUUUUUUAGCAUUCACGUAACCAAAACUAUAGCAAACAAAGCAUAAACUGCAUGACUUUUUACCUUUUCAGUUAGGUAUUAAUAGUAUUAGCCAAUAAGCAUACAUAUAGGCACGACUUCCACUGCAUGUGUGUUCAUUUCCCUUUUUCUUUUCUCCUAAGGUUUAGAAGCUAUCCUGGCAAAAGCCAGACCUAGUCAGUGUCUGGUGCACUCAUUUUAAUUGAAUAUCUACAGAUAUUGAGUACCCUUGCACUCUCCUUUCCAGGCUGUGAGUAAGAAUAUAACAUAUGACAUAAUCUAAUUGCAGGAAGAUUCUUGGAGCCUGAUUCCAAUUUAGGCAGUAUCCUGUCAUGGCCAGAAUUCAUGCCAAAUGUUUUUCAGAAGUCUCUGCUACAUGACCAUCACAAAAAAGAUGAACAUAGCAGAGUCCCAUCUGUUUAAUGUAGAUGCUGGCUUUUAAGUUCCAGUAAUAUUUACACUUGCAGACAAAGGGAGAAGAGGAAGGAAGUGUUUGUUCCAAACUUGUCUCCUUUUUCCCACUACAUAACAUGAAUUUGAUUGGGUGAAAAAAACCCAAAACAAACCCUGGAGAAUUUUUUCCCAUUUUAUUCCUGUACAAAAGCUGUACAAAUUCAUGGGCCUGGGAGAGGAAAGCUACUUAAGCAUAUUCAUACAUCAGUUCUCAGUUAAAGCCUGAAUUCUGUUAUCUGUGUCAUUGGAAACAAUGUCCUGAAGUGCUGGAAAGGACAGUAUCACAUUAGAAACAAGCACAUGGGCAAAGAUAAAGCUUUCUUUAAUGG